AUGGCGAGCCCCCAGCAUGGUGACGACGGUCGCGUCGACCCAACCUUAGUGGACUUUGACGACUAUGGCGACGCGGACGCGCAAGGAGCUGGGGACGCAGGAGGCGGAGGUAACGACAACGACCACGGUGGCGGCAACGAUAACGACGACGACGCGUACUACGACGCGCGGCUUUUCGAGGACGAGGAGCCCGACGAUCGCGGCGGCAGGCGGCUCGUGAAAAAAGGCGGCGGCGGGGGGAGGGAGGACGAGGAGGAGCGAUGGGAGGAAGACGAUGGCGGAGAGGGAGUGGGGGGGGCGGACCCGUGGGACCGGAGGGAUAGGGGGAAAGGGGGGAAGCGGAAGAAGGGCAAGGAGGGGCGGAAAUCGGGGGGGAGGCUGACAAAGGGACCGGCGAAUUCAGAGGAGGACGUGGAGGGCGCGCGCACGGGCGAGGACGACGCGUUCAUCGACGACGCGGGCGUGCACCCGGACGACAGGCACGCCAUGGGGUACGACGAGUACGACGACCAGCGCAUCUCCAACGCGCCGCAGGCGGAGGAGGAGGACGAGGUGGGGCGGCUGUUCAAGGGCGGGAAGCGGCGGCGCAACGAGAUGAGCGACGGUGAGAAGGCGCUGUUUGUGGAGGAGUUCCACGCCAAGAUGCUCAAGGCCGCCGAGGACGACGCUCAUGCUAACCGCCAGCACCGCCCCGCCAUCAACAAGCUGCGCAUGCUGCCGGAAAUGCUCAACACCCUGCGCAAGAAGCAUCUGCAGCGCGAGUUCCUGGACCGCGGUGUGUUCUCGUACCUCAAGAACUGGCUGGAGCCGCUGCCUGACUUGUCGCUGCCCAACAUCAAGAUCCGCACCAGCAUCCUGGAACUCGUGAAGGAGUCACGGCCCAUAUUUGACAAGAGCACACACUACCGUGACCUGAGGGACGACUAUGAUCGACCCACACGGCCCCCACCUUCACAGAGGGAAGAUGCGGCAGCAAAUGUGUCGUCGCACUCACGGCCUGACGACUUAGAUCUAGACAACGCCGGGGAGGCGAGGGGAGAGGAGGAGGAGGGGGCGGGGAAGAAGCGGAUGAGGACGCGCGUGCCACAGCCCAUGGCCAUGGACUUCCGAGUGCGUCCAGAGUCCAAGGUCACAGAGGAGAUGCUGGCGCGGCGCGGCCAAAAGGACUCGAGACACCAGAGCGUGGUUAAGAAGCUGCAGAAGCUGAGGCAGGGCAAGACCAAGAACCUGCGAGCGGAGAAAGUGAGCGUGCAGGGCCGAGGCAUGGUCAAGUUUGUGCCCUGGCGCGUGGCAGUGAAGCGACUCCUCUACACUCCUCCACACUCCUCCACACUCCUCCAUACUCCUCCAUACUUCUCCCUCAUGGGGGCCAUCUCGCUCCUCCGCGUGCUUCUGCUACUCUGCUACUCCGCGUUCUCUCUCCUGUCGAUGGAGUGCCAUCAAGCGCGCGCUCAAGACGACUCGAGUCUUGAGAUGAUGGGGACGGAGACCAAGGCAGCCAAGGCAAAGCACGGCAAGACGCCAGCGAGAAAGGGCGGCAGCGGCAGCGGCGGCAGCGGGGAGCUCAUCAAGGCCAAGGGGAAAACGAGCGCGCUAAAGCAGACGCUGAGAUCGCACGCUGACUGGGUGGGUGAUAUCUCCCAGCAAGGCCCUGUACUCGGCGGAUGCGACGUUACCCGCCUUGAUCCCGCGGCGUUUCUUUCCCGGUACCGCAACAAGGUGUUCGCGAUAGCGGGCGACUCGUUUUCGGGUAACUUCGGUAACGCCAUUCGCUGCUCGCUGCACUCGUACGCGCGGACGAGAGAGUUCAGGGGCAGGUUCGGGAGCACGGACGUGAGAGGGUAUCGCGUGGAGCAGUAUAACGUCACCGUCAUUGCCGUCUCCGCCGUCUUUCUUGUGGACGCCGAGCCCAUUGGCGCAGCCUCAAGCUCAGGCGUAUGGAAGGUGUACCUGGAUACGCCCCGGGUUAAUUGGGGUGACAUCCUAGAUUACCUAGACGUCUUCAUCUUCAGCGCGGGUCACUGGUUUACUAACGCACCAGCCAAUCUCCGCCAAUACUACAUCAACGGCGUGCAACAGACCAACAUCUCGGGAGUUAAAGCCAUGGAAAUCGCGCACGUCACCGUUCGCGACCACAUAAUCCGGUCCAACUACAGAGGCAUACCCGUGAUGCUCUCCUACUCGCCGUUUCACUACGAGGAGGCGUAUGGAGGGAAGGGCUCCAAGCACAGCUGCAGGGGUGCAAAAAUGCCUUUUACAGCUGCUGAGCUGGCGACUGCCGAGACGUCUAGUGAUGCUUUCGCGGUGGUAGAUGUUCAAGUGGAGGACGAGUCGACCUGCGACUUCGGGGAGGGAAGGUGGGUGAUCUCGCCCAACAAGGCCCUGUACUCGGGUAAAACUUGUCCCUUUAUUCGUUCCAACGAGAACUGCCAGAAGAACGGCCGCAGGGACACGGGGUACCUCAACUGGCGCUGGCAGCCGCGCGGAUGCGACGUUACCCGGCUUGACCCAGCGGCGUUUCUUUCCCGGUACCGCAACAAGGUGUUCGCGAUAGCGGGCGACUCGUUUUCGUCCAAUUUCGGUAACGCCAUUCGCUGCUCGCUGAACUCGUACGCGCCAACGGUCGAUUUUUCUGGCGAGUUCGGCGGCACGGACGUGAAGGGGUACCGCGUCGCGCAGUAUAACUUCACCUUCCUGCACAUCUCGUCCGUUUAUCUCGUCGACGCGGAGCCCAUUGGCGCAGCCAAGAGCUCGGGCGCGUGGAAGGUGUACCUGGAUACGCCCCGGGAUAAAUGGGGUGACAUCCUAGAUUACCUGGACGUCUUCAUCUUCAGCGCGGGUCACUGGUUCGUUAACGUGAGUGUGCCACUCUCCCAACACUCACCCCCUGGUUUUGAGGCACCUUAA